GUGAAUAUUGGCAUGAAACAUCGAUGCAAAGGCGCCUAACGCCGCAUAGUACAUACUACCUACGCUGUAUGUAUAUCUCGUGCAACAUAACGUGUGUCAGUUGUUAACUGUCGGCCAUGCGAUGAAAACUGUCAGGAACGGUGAUGAUUUACCGCGGCGCUUGAUGUCGACGCGCAUGGAAACAAAUGGACUGAUUCUACAAAGAGAUUUCACGUGCGAGGAACGAGAUCAGUAAUCUCCGUUACAAUGGCAAACAGGAAGUUUUGCGUGCGAAAAGACGAAUUAAGGGAUGACGAGGAAUGGCUAGCUUUCUCCCUGGAGAUCUUCUCGAGAGCAUUUCAUUUAUUGAAAAAUUUCACGGAGUUCUUGAAGUCGCGUAUGGGCAACUGCUGCGGUAUAGAUCAUGAUAGGAUGCAUCUGUUCGGAGCAUUGAGCGUGGUAGCUGGGACAAUGAAAUACAAACGACCUGAUUUAUUUCGCGACAUCUGCGGUUGUAUACGACAAGAUGAACAAAAAGUCAUACCCGAUUACAUAAUUCAAAACAUAAAUAAAGUGUUGACCAACCUGCAAAAAUGUUGUGUGAUCGAAAAUAUCGUCUGCGACGUGAAAGACAUGUUGGAAGUCCUCGAGGAAAUUCUGAUCUGUUCAACGUCGGUGGAACUAGGGAUAUUGUCCUAUCUUCUCCACGAAAUCAUGAAAAAACUGAUAUCUUGUCGUGAAACUUCGCCAGAUCAACUCACCCACGCUGACGUAAACAGGGUACUACGUCUUGUAAAUAAUUUCAUUCGAGAUUGGAGCAUGAGAAACUCGCUUUGCAGAUUUUGCGGCCGUGCUGCUAGUAAAGUAGCUCAGCAAUGGGGUACAUACUGUUGCAGAAGUCAUGAAUUAUAUUACGAUGUUUGCGAAGAAUGGUGGCAACAGCAAACGAUAUCUAACGACUGGAAAACAGAUCGCAGCGACAAUCGAAUGAAGCAGUCGAAGAGCGACGACGAUUACACGGGGUUCUUUUCCGGUGGGCCCGGAGACAGACGAGUUGCGGGUGAUGAAUCCAACGUCGAAGACACGAGGUGGUGGACUGCAUGUGUCCCGCGGAAGCCCGGAGUCAUCGAUCGAGCCAUAAAACGCUGGGACAACGAUGGGCCAAUCGCUGCGUUUCGAAGAGUGGCCGGAUCGUCGUCGAGGAAAACAGAGGCGGGAGAUUGCGGGGCAGCUGGACGAGGGCCGGAUAAAUUCGAGGAAAUCGAGGACGGGGAUUUAAGAACGGCAUCGUGCCGUACGAUCGAAGGUGGCCGCGUUCCAGCGAGGCGUCGCAGACGAGAGAAACGUGACGGUGCUCUUUGCGAAGAGCGCGCCGGGUUACGAGGAGCCCUGGACGCGGACUUAGAAGGAACGGCUGUUGGAAAAAUGAGCGAAAUUAAAAGCGACAAGAUUUCCGCUCGCGACCGUAGAAGAGGCAGGCUGUUCAAGAGAGACGGCGAGGUAAAUGGGACCGACCAAUCACCCGGGAAGAAGGCUGGGGAUCCAUCAAGGUUGGGGCACGAGCGAGGCUAUCCGAAAGCUGAUUCCCCGAAAGACAUCCGAUCGGGAACGAUGAAGCCAAAAGCGGGAGAUUAUGAGGAUGGUCAAUCGGAUCGAGAUCGAAAGACGCCGAUAGGUAAGAAGUCGAAAGCGAAGAAGCUCGGGUUAGGGGACGAUGAGGAGUACGAAGAGCCUCCGCGGAGCAAGAAGAAAUCGAAGAGAGCCCAAAGUUUGGAACCAAUUGACGAGGAAUAUGGUAAAAGAGCUGGUUCUAGAAAGCGAUUAUCGGGAAGGACGAGAGGAAAAGAAGAUACGGAUGAUGAAGAGAGGACCGAUCGACGCGGCACGAACAAGGUUGGAAUAAAGAAGAACCACGAAUUCGAAGGGAGGUUGGGUGUUGGCGAGGACAUAAGCGCUCGGGAACAAACGAAGAAAAAAAAGGGUGCACUUGACAGCACGGAGGGGGAAGAAAGUGUUCGUAAACGUGAUGGAAAACGGAGAGGUCGAUCGAGCGACGACGAAGCCGAUUCGGACGUAAUGAAGAGGGGCAAGGCUGGGAAAAUACGUGGCGCCAGAACAGGAGAUAAAUCAACGGCCGAAUCAGAGGGCAAAAGUAAGAAAGAGACGAGGGAAGCCGGUACUGAGGGACGUACUAAAGGUGGUCCGAGCAAAGCGGACGGCGAUUACAGCAAGAUAAAUGGAUCGCGUUACUACCGCGAUACGACAAAAGCCCCGGAUCUUUACAGAACAGGAGGCAAAGACUGCGUGGGAGUGGAAAGAAAGUCGCAGAUAGUCGGGGUGUUCGACACCGUGGGCAACGGCGCAGUCUUUGACGAGGACGGCGCGACAAGGUACGUGACGGAAAAGAAUUUCACAGGAAUUUUUAAUUACUGUCGCCCGGAGACACCUCCAGUUCAAGUUUCCAAUUAUUUCUGCAGGCUGUCCUACAAUCAGAUUGGAGGAAUUUGGGGGGAUAAUCCUGCUGGCCCGCCGCUGGUGUGGAAAUGGGACGCCGACGAAAAGAACUUGCUCGUGGAAACUGUAUAUCUGGAGAAACCGGUAAAUCGAAUAGAGAGGUUUCUUCAUCGGUCGACGCGAUCAUUAAAGAGUUCCGGAAGUGGGAAAGCACCAUCGUCGCCGGCGAGCUCGCGGAAUAAGGAGAAGAAGGUCGUGGAACAGAAACCUGUUGUCGCGGUGCACGACACCGAAGAAGAGGUCACGUCCGGCACUUUCAGCGUCCAAGACGACUAUACCAAAGACAAUCCUCUGCUGAAAAUGAUCUGUUUAAAACUGACUCGCAACAUCAGCUUGAGACUUUCGAACCGAAGGGACAUUUGCCUACAAUUCUUUGCUGCUGGGAAAAAUAUCAGAAUAGAGAUAGGCACGGUCCUGAAUUUUGAGAAAAAAGUGGCAUCGCACUUCGUAGACACGAGCCUGCGCGACGGCAUAUUAAAGUGUCCAUGACUGUCGGACCUUCGCCUUCUGGCACCCCUAAGCUCGGCUGGAAAACCUUCAACCGACCUCGGCCGACCUCCGAGGGUGGCUAGGUUACCCUCGUGCUCCUCGGAACCGGCGGUUCCCUUUCUCUUCACGGUCUGGUAGGCCGCUGCCGGGUGGCCAGGAAGAGGAGGUGGAGGAAGGUGAAUGUUAUCCUGCGGACUUUGUGGCGAGCUGCUGGCCGUCGCGUCACCCGUCGUCGAACUGGGCGAGGAGGAUGAGGUUUGCGCUUGUGGGGCUGGUACUACGUCCGGAUUCGGCUCGCUGUUGGGGGAAAAUAUUGACUUUGUAUUCGGAAUAAAAUUGAACUUCUGAAAUAACGAAUGCUGUAGUGCGCCGCGUAACUACGGUGAAUUUUGACGCUCGGAUUGUGCACAAAAAUGGACAAUUUUGGAAGAGGAGAUACGAUUAUUCGAGCAUUGCGAGCCUUGUUAACGAUUGCCACCAGCUAUAAAAAGCCGCAAGGCUCGAAUAAUUGUAUCUCCUCUUCCCAAAUCGUCCGUUUCUAUGUACACUCUGAGCGUUAUUUAAGGAGAAAUUAUUUAUAUAUUUAUUAUAUAUUAUAUAUU